UCCUCUGGGACCAAAUUGAUGACACAGACAUUAUCUCUCUUCCCCUGGUGAACGUGAACUCUCAGCUACAGCUAUGGCUCGUCUGGAAAAGGUCAUUAAAGACAUUGUGGAUAUGUUUGUGGAGUACGCUGACGAUGAAGGCAAGUUAAGCAAGGAGGAGUUGAUGAAGAUGUUGGAAAAGGAAAUUGAAUGCACUGAGAUGAAGGAGAAAAUGAAAGCAGCUAAAUGUGAGAAGAAGACGGAGAGGAUGGGCCGCGAUGGAGAGAUUGACUUCAGUGAGUUUUCUCGUUUGGUGGGUUUCCUUGCCAAAUGCUGCUACCACAAGAAGACAGGCAAGGGCAAAGACUGUGGAGGCUGCUCAGAAGAUUGAUUAUGAAACCUUUGACACCGACAACAGAAGCUACAGAUUGUAACUUACAUUGUCUCUCUGUCAAUUGGUUUUCAAAGUCAUGUCCCUUAAAUACA